AUGACGACAAUUCGGCCUUUUGACGUCAUGGACCUUCUUAAGUUCAAUAACGUGAACCUCGACCCGAUGACUGAAACGGUUAAUUUUUGGAAAAAUUUUUUUGAAUAUUGAAAUUAUUUUUCAGUACGGUUUCAACUUUUAUUUGUACUACUUGGUGAAUUUUCCCGAGUACUACCAAGUCGCCGAACAUCCCAGUGGCGAAAUUAUGGGCUACAGUCAGUUUCAUUUGAUGAAAAUCUGUUAGAAAAUUGCUUUUUGAGUAAUGGGAAAAGCCGAAGGUCGUGAUAAUCAAUGGCAUGGCCAUGUGACUGCCCUUUCCGUGGCCCCAACCUACCGUCGGUUAGGCCUCGCUGCAAAAAUGAUGAGAACUCUGGAGAAAAUCUCCGAAAUGUUAGUUUUCUUAUUGUGAAAUUCGGGAAACUUUAUUUUCAGCAAAAACUGUUUCUUUGUCGAUUUGUUCGUGCGAGUAUCGAAUAGUGCGGCUAUCGGGAUGUAUAAAGUAAUUAAAUUUAUGAUUUUCGGAAAGUUAUUUAGUUGUAUUGCAGUUUUUGGGUUAUGUAAUAUAUCGACAAAUUAUCGAUUACUAUACCGGUGAACGGGACGAGGACGCUUAUGGUGAGUUUCGAAAUUGUUGGAAUCAUUGAUUAUAUUUAAAAAACCUUAUGUGCUGUGCUUGUAGAAAAAAUGAAAGUUCAGCCAAACUUUUUCGUUUUAAACUCAAUUCUUCUCAAAAAUUUCACAGUUGCACCACGCAUGUUUGAGAAAGUACUACGGUGGCCGGUCAAUAUUGCGCAGUCAGUUUCGGAGCCAGGAAAUUUUUUUAAUUUUCUUUCUUUUUUGCAAUUUGUUAAGGACAUAUUUCUCGAGGUUACAAGGUAAGUUACGUCACAAAAAGUACAAAAGUUUUCAUUUAAUUAUUGAAAAAUCUGUCCAAACUACCGUAAUACGACCGGCCACCUUUAACAGGUGUGGAACGGGAAAUUUGAAAGGAUACGCGUGAAGGGGCAAAAAUUAAACAAAUGUUAUUCCAAACUUUAAAAAAUUUUUUUCUGAAUGAUUAGUUUUGAAAUGAGCCGUCACUUCUUACUUUUUCACAUUUAUCAUUUCCAUUUUCUUAUUAUUUCGAGAAAAAUUUUUCUUAACACAAAAGUUUUUAUACAAAAAAUCAAGAUUAAAACCAAAAAAACCAGAAUCAUUUGGGAAAGUUUAAGCUCCUGAUUGUCAUAGAAAUCAAUUCAAGUUCUUCUUUUUCAGUUUAGCCUCCAUAAUUUUAAUUUUCCUUCCAGAUAUGAGAAAAUCGCUUCCAAGAGACGUCGGGGGCAAAAGCACCAUACCAUUAGCUCAUCCGGUCCACGCGAGGGAUAUCGAUUAG